UCUUGGUUUCAGUAUCUACGGCGGUAUGAGGUGACAAACACACGAAAAUGGCCAAAUUGAGGCAGUAUCAGGUCACUUUGGCAUGUUCCCUCGGGAAUUUCAUAACAGGCGUUCUGUACGUCUGGCCUUCGUACACUCUUCAUCAAUACACGUCAAAUACUACAACACUAUUAACAGAGCCCAUGACAGAGGUGGAAGGUUCCUUACUUGGCAGUCUGCCAAGUCUGGGAGCCAUGGUGGGGACCCUGCUGGCUGGUCCGGUGAUAAACGGUCUGGGAAGGCAGAAAGGUGGUCUGUGUAUUGCUAUGCCGUUUGUGUUAUCAUGGCUAGCAGUGGAUCUAAGUUCGUCAGCUAUAUUCGUACUAUUGGCAAGAUUUAUGGGUGGCAUGGCAUGUGGAGCGUCCUUCGUUCAUAGCCCAGUGUUUGUGUCUGAAAUUGCUGAUCAGUCAAUACGAGGGCUUUUGGCUACAGCUCCUAUGGCGUUUUACUGUUUCGGCAUUUUCGUUUCAUUUGUUAUGGGCUGGACACUCACUUUCAAAUACAUUAUUUGGAUAAAUAUCUUCUUUUGCCUGUUGUAUGCGGCGCUUUUGAUGUCCGUCAGAGAGAGUCCUGUAUUUUUGUUUAUGAAGAAUAAUGAAGAGGAAGCAAGACAAUCCAUUGCAUAUUAUAAAGGAGUAUCACCAGAGUCUAAAGCAGUAUUAGAAGAAUUAUCCAGGCUUAAACAACAACUGUUACCUUCUGUUGAGCUUGUGUCUAUAAGUGGAGAUGUUAAAUUUGAAGAAGCAGAGAAAGAAAAAUUAAACGAUGAUGAUAAUGAAGUGCAGAAUGAUACGGAGAAAAUGCCAGCUUAUAAAAUUCUAUUGUUUUCUCCAACUUCGAGACGUGCUUUCAUUAUUGUUUCAUUGACAGUAUCAUUUCAGGUAUUAAUGGGCAUGGUGGCAGUGCAAGUAUACGCUAAGGUGAUAUUCUCACAAGCGGCGCCGAGUCUGUCGUCGCACAUGUGUUCUGUGAUUUUCGCACUCGUUCUCAUGUGUGGAUGUGUGUCCUGCGCUUUAUUCUCGGAUAAAUUUGGGAGGAAGCCCCUCAUCAUCGGCUCCUCCAUCAUAGUGGCCAUCUGCCUCAUCAGUAUGGGAGUGCUGAUGCAGACGAACAUUGCCCCAGCGUGGGUGACAGCGGUCAUGAUCCUCGUCUUCUGCUUUGUCUUCAUGUUUGGAGCUGGAAGCGUGCCGUAUGUGCUGCUGGCUGAACUGUUUUUGGCUGAGGUACAAAGCUUAGCAUCAAUGAUAGUGAUGGAAUGGGUCUGGCUUCUGAACUUCCUUCUAGUCGGCGUAUUUCCCUUCAUGAGCAAGGAGCUUGGUAUCUAUGGAUGCUUCUAUGUCUUCGCAGUUUUUGGUAUAUUGGACGCCUUGAUCGGGAUCUUUUUAGUGCCAGAAACUAAGGGUCUAUCUAAGGAACAGAUACAGGAUAGAUUGAGAGGCCGACGGGCGGUAUAAGACUUUAGAAGAGUUAUUGUAAUUUAGUUCUUAUGUGCUUACAAUUAGUUUUAUAUCGAACUGCAGU